AUGAACACUCAACAAUCGCUAACGAUCGUCACUUUUUGCCUGGAGGCUCGUUUCCAAGUCCCGCCGGCGGCCGGUUCGCGGCUAGGAGUAUGGACAAAUGAACUCAUAAUUUUCAUGCUUAUGAUCAUCAAGGAACGAAUAGGUCUCCAGAAGGAAUCUUGUUCAAGAACCGAGAUCCUAGGGCGACUGAAAUAUCUUUCGAUUAAGCUGCACGGUAAUCAAUUCUACAAUCUUAUUGACCCCACGGGGAUCAAUAUAUCAACCAGAGAGGACUUCCCCGCAAAGGAGGACUCCGGUGGCCUUGCCAACGUCCUCGAACGAUGUGUUGACAUGAUGAAAAAGAAAAGGGCGUCACCGGAUCAGAAAUUACGAUGGAGCAGUUUCAAUAUGAACCUGAAAAAGAUUGCAGACGCAGUUAGAGGCAUUUGGGAUUUGGAGGAAGGUGAGGUGGCACUACUAGAGAACAUUCUGAACCACGCCUACCUGCUGGAAUUCAUCUCAAGUGGCGAAUGCAGGGGAGCUGAGUUGGAUGCUUUUAUUGUCAAAUCUCUCACGAAAUCAGAAAACUACAAAAUGAUCCGCCAAAUUAGUGGCAAGGGCUCGACACUCUGUGGUUGUGUCCUCGAUGUAAAUGACGGCUUUAUUGCUGAAAACUCGGCCAAGGCAGAUCACUGGCGUGAGCAUUAUGUGCACCUCCUCAACUUUGAUGAGCAACCUAUGAUACCCUCCUUCUCCUCCGCAGCGGAGUUUCAUCCCUCUCCAGCCUAUGCAGUGUCUUACAACCUCCCUUCUCAAAACGAAGUUGCCCCUGCAACACAGAGGCCGUGCAACAGCAAGGCGUCCGGUGAGGACGGUAUUCCCACUGAAAUCUGCGAGUCCUGUCCUGACAUUCUGGUGUCCUGGCUACAUGAGGUGAUCAAGCAAGCACGGAGAGACGAAGUAGUUCCGAAUGACUCGGAGCUAUUCGAAGGCGUGAAUGCGAAUGAAAUUUGGAAAUUUAGGCUCCGCAUGGCCCUCCAACUGAAUCGCACAGACUUUCUCAGUGAGAACAUGUUCGCUGGCGUGGACUGGCGCAUGGUGCCGGACAAAUUUGUGGAAAUAAGCCUCUUGGAAGAUAAGAGGGACUUCCUCCAGUUGCUGCUGGACGCUGGCUUCCCACUGCAUAGGUAUAUCACCUUGGAGCUUAUUGAGAAGCUGUAUCAAGCGGACUUCGAAAACAACGUAUGUUUUGCAAGCAAGUGUUUCGCAUUAUAG